AUGGAAGCUGCCGAAACAUUAAAAGGUGAUGACGUCUGUCCUAUGUGCAAUCUUCCAGCACAAGAAGGCCACUCUUGUCUCCACUCUUUAAGAACUGCUGUUAUUUCUCUUAAAAAAGUGAUUUACCAACAAAACAAAAGAAUCCAAUUCCUGCUUGAGUCCACUCAAAGUUUACAAGCAAAGCAAGAAGAUAAGCCAGAACUCCUGCUAUUCAAAGACUUCGACCAUGAAACCGUUGCUUGUGAUGGCUGCGGCGCUUUUCCUAUUAUAGGUGUCAGAUACAAAUGCAAGGAAUGUGCUGACUACGAUUUAUGCCAAAAAUGCAGAAACUCAACACCUCAUUGUCAUUCUGAAUUCUUCAUUUUUACCACCAACAAGUCACAUGAAGGAAAAAACUGCGUAGGGUGCUUGCAAAGUCCUAUCAAAGGAGUCAUGUAUCACUGUAAUGAAUGCAAUUGUAAUCAUUGUCAUGGCUGCGUCAAAGAAAAAGGGCACAAUCAUGCCAAUGUUGAACCAAUUAUUCCAUUCGAUAUCCGUGUAGAAACAUUUUUAAAUAAGCCGUCAGGAAGAUACAAGCAAGGUGACAAUUUUAAAAUUACCUUUGUGAUACAGAACCUUAGCACGCAAAAAAUUAAAAAAAUGCUGAUGAUAAUCACCAAAGGGUUACCGCCGUUUAAAUUCAACCAAAAAGAAGCUGAUGUAGAUAUGGAGCUUUGUGAUAUUCGUCAGUUAGACUAUGAAGGAAAAAUUACGGGACAAAGUGGGAAAUAUGAAAUCGCCUUCAGAUUUUUCUCCGUUGUUGAAGAAGAAUACAUUGGGCCAGAGAUCCCUGUUACAAUUUAUGUUUCAAGUGGUUUUCUAACUCCCCAUCUUUAAAUUGAAAAAACAAUUGAGCACAAUAAUUAAAAAAGUUAAUCGAUUCAGUGUGAAAACUGUUUAAAUAGCAUUCUACUUGCACUUUGUCUAUUAAUUAUUUCAAAAGUAAUUUUUGCUAAAAUUAGUAUUUUUCCAUCUUUAAUUUUUUUUUAAAAAAUAAAAAAUUGAGCGCAUUACUUUGAAUUUUAAUUUAUUUUUAUAAAGAAUAAAAUAAAAAAUAAAUUAUAUAGUGUGAAGUUUAAUUGACAUUCUACUUGCACUUUGCCUAUUAAAUCAGGUCAAAACUAAUUUUAUAAAAAUUAAUAUUUUUAUUGAUAAAAUUUUUCAUUGAAAAACAAAUUUUGUUCCAAUUUAAAGGGGUUAAAGUAUAGCCAAAAAUUGCAAUUUUACCGAUGUUUUUGUUCCAAAUUAAAGGGGUGAGUAAGUGGUAUCUUUAAAAGCUAA